GUACUAAUGUACAUAAAAAAUGGAGAAUUCCAAUCAGAAAUAUAUUACUGGGCAAUACAAUCAAAUCAGAAGCCGUUAUUUAGUGAAAAAAUUAGAUUUGGCAAAUAUUUUUAUGUAAGAGAAUUCAGUUCAACACUUUUUCAACAUUUAGAACCCUUUAUGUUAAUACUUUAAUCAAAAAGCCCAUGUUAAUUUCUUGUUUUUCAAACACAUUCAGGGGUGUAUUUAGGGGAAACGGGGUAUGGUGCAUUCCUUGGGGAAAAAUAUUGAAAAAUUUAUUCUAUUUUUACUGCCGAAAUCAUGUCUGAUGCAUUCUCCACCUUCCUUGGUUGGAAAAUUUUCCCAGAAGGAGGCCCACCUAACCCCCCAUUGCGGCUAGUAUCCUCUAAAAUCUAAAAGGGGAGCUGUGGUGCUUGGAAGGUCCCCGUCAAUGUACACUGUACACAUUACAGUACCACAGUCAAAUUCGUAAUUUUCUGGACGCAUGUGUCUUUGUCUUUUUUUCUCUUGGGCAAGACAAUUUUGAGUUUUUGGUCAUAGUUUUUAAACAAAAGGCCAUCUGUAUUUCUGAAAUAGUAAGAAUGAUUAUGAGAAAAGUUGGAGAAAAAUGUAGAAAAAUAAAUGUUGUGUCAAAGUGUUAAUCUAUGGGUGUGUUCAAGUCUUAAGAAAAAAUGUAUUUUGUGCACGGCAGUUUAAACCUAUUAUGAUAAAGAUCUGUUUAUUUGGGUACCUGUUAGUACUGGUAAUCUCCAGUCAUACCACGAUACGUACAAUAAGAUAAGAUACGAUACGAUAC